CUGCGCCGGGAGCAUUUCGCGUCCCUUGCAGGCCCCGGGGCAGGUUUCCGCUGUCGCCAUGACGGCGGCUGUGUUCUUCGGCUGCGCCUUCAUUGCCUUCGGGCCUGCGCUCGCCCUCUACAUCUUCACCAUCGCCACCGAGUCGUUGCGCAUCAUCUUCCUCAUUGCCGGAGCUUUCUUCUGGUUGGUGUCUCUACUGUUUUCAUCCCUUGUUUGGUUCGUGGCAAGAGCCAUUGCUGACAACAGAGAUGGACCAAUACAGAAAUAUCUGCUGAUCUUUGGAGUGUUGGUCUCAGUCUUUAUCCAAGAACUGUUCCGGUUUGCAUAUUAUAAACUUUUAAAAAAAGCCAGUGAGGGUUUGAAGAGUGUAAACCCAGGUGAGACAGCACCCUCUAUGCAAUUACUGGCCUAUGUUUCUGGCUUGGGCUUUGGAAUCAUGAGUGGAGUAUUUUCCUUUGUGAAUACCCUGUCUGACUCCCUGGGGCCAGGUACAGUGGGCAUUCAUGGAGAUUCUCCUCAGUUCUUCCUUAAUUCAGCUUUCAUGACGCUGGUUAUCAUAUUGCUGCACAUCUUCUGGGGCAUUGUAUUUUUCGAUGGCUGUGAGAAGAAAAACUGGUACAUCCUUCUUAUCGUUCUCCUGACCCAUCUGCUUGUGUCAGCCCAGACCUUCGUAAGUCCUCACUAUGGAAUCAAUCUGGUGUCAGCAUAUCUAAUCAUGGUGCUCAUGGGCAUCUGGGCAUUCUUUGUUGCUGGAGGCAGCUGCCGAACCCUGAAACUCUGCCUGCUCUGCCAAGACAAGAACUUUCUUCUUUACAGCCAGCGCUCCAGAUAACCUCUGGGAACCAGCACCUCCCAAGCUGCAGACUGUGUCUUUAGAGGAAGCACAAUUGUGCCUUUUUCUAAAAAUCUCUCUUUCCAGUGGAAUUGAGAAAACACAAAACUCUCUAGAUGCGAGUCUCCUUCA